AAAAGUAAUGUUUAUAUUAAGACUGUGAACUGAACCAACCCCUGCAUCUAAUACUCCAGACAUAAAAGAAAUUCAUCAAAAUGUCCUCAACAAUAACCAAAAAUAAUUUGUCUCAAGAUGUAUGUCAGAGCUAAAUUAUCUAUGUGCUGAUUUCUGGACCCUGCAAUCUGAGUGUCAGGUGCUAGUACAACAUAAACCGUUGGGAUUCAACUAGAACAUUGAGACCUGGACUGAUAUGUCAUUAGCGUAGCGUUAUGAACAUAAAAAUUCACUGCGCCUCCCUUUCGGCGUGAAGGAGUCCAGCGUGAUGUGUUUACAGCCCUCACGGGGAUUUCCACACAUCUGACAUCACUGUUGUAACUCCCAUGCCUCUGUUUCAGUAUGCUGUGAGGAUUCUCAGACAGCGAAAGUGAUCGAAAGUGAACAAUGUUUGUCUGGCCAAAGUUCACAUAGUGUGAAGAGGGAGAGAUGAUAAUAAUAGACUGUACUGUACUGUGUGAAGUCCAGCCCAGCUGCUGAGAUGAACUUUGUCUGUUUCACCAUAGUGUCUAUUGUUUUAUGACAAAACAAAGAAUCUGAAGAUGAGACUUAGAAUGUGGUAGAAAGUGAGAGAAACAUGAGGUGGCAUUGGUUACAAGGAAAGGCAGCUUUACAUUUGUUACUGAGCCACAGUUUCUGACAGAUUUGUUGUAAUGUAAACAGACAGGUCACUCUCCACCUGCUCCUCCUCCUGCUCCUCCUCCUCCACCCCUCCCUCAGCUGAAGCUCAGCUGACUCUCAGACAUGUUCAGACUUGUCCUCUGUCAUGUUGCUGCUCUGGAGAAACACUGAGCAGCAUUUCUUCAUGCUCUGAGCUUUCACAAAGGCAGCAGAAAACUCUGUCUUGACAAACUUUUUAUUUAAUUAAAAGUAACAUUUAAAAAAAAUCUUCAGAGAGAUUUACAAAUCUGUGAUCCAGAAUAAAAUCAAGGACAGACAGCUGAGAGGACAGACCAGGAAGGGAGGUGCAGUGAAAGUGAGCAAUGAAACAAAGCAGCCAGAGUUCUAACAGUGGAGAGUAAAGUGUGAGGAUGAAGAUGUAACAAGUACUGACUGUAGGCUUUAAUGCAGAUUAUGAUCUGGGAGGAUGGGAAGCAACUCCCAGCUUUCAUCGACAGACGUUGACGUAGAGGAACAUCAGGAGAUCUCCAGUCAGCGGGAGCCUCUGCCUGACCUGCUGCCACAAAAUGAGCGUGUGUCCCGGGGUUCCCCCCCAGACAGAGCUCCCAGGAAUCAGGUAGCUCAGGACCUGGAGGUCAGGAGAGUGGCCAGACAGCUGAGGGUCAUCGGAGAUCAAUUCAACGCCACAGUUUUACGCAGACAGCAUCCAGCUCCGUUCUGGCAGGACCUCAGAGAUGCCUGCAGAGGUGUCAUCAACUUCAUCACCCAGACUCUUAGCACUCUAUACAGGAUGACAUAAGGUAGCCAUGUCACCUGCCUUGGUUAUGGAGGCUUGUCUCUGUUCAGGACUUGGCAACUGCCCACCGUCUGUGGCUCAUAAAGAGGAAACCACAGCUGGUCGCUGCCCUGUCGUGGCCUCAAGUCUGGAUGAAUCCUCUGGCAGAGGCAUCACUUCAACCUGUGAGCUGAAAUGGGUGUAACCUGUCUGUCUGAAUGACUGUCUGUCAGUCUGCUGGUACAGACUGCAGCUGAUGGACCUGUGACAGACUCUUUUCUACCUGUACAUUUUGUAAAAUCAAUUUGCAUCAACUGUCCUGUCUCGUCUUCAUCUCGGGGGUGGGUGUGUUAUGUAGCACCAGUGUGUGUGUGUGUGUGUGUGUGUGUGUAUGAAUGAGGAAAUGUGUGUAGGUACUGUAAGUGAACGCAGCAAAUCUGAGCUAGGAUGGGAACCACUGGAAAACAUGUUGAAUUUGUACUUGAUCUUCCUUCUCUCCCGUUUCCUCUGAUACUGUAGCUGUGGUGUGUACCUUUAAUUUCAACCUAAACUCUGUCUUACAAUUGAAACCUUACUGAGUCAAAAACAGAUUUUAAGGAGCUAUAGAAUGACUGUUGGAGAAUGACUUAUCUGUUGGUUAAAUAUGCCACCGUUGUGGACGAUGGACGACGAACACAGAGAUACUUCAGUGUUGUCCAUCAUCAAAUCACUGCUUCUAAUGAUCUGUUGUUAAUAUUUGGGUAGACCUGUGUUAGGAUUCACCCGGGGAGUUCAUCUGCUCUGUGAAACACCACAAACAGUUAGUGUGGUUUUUCAGUUAGUCAUUAGUUUUCAAUAGUUCCAGAUGGAGCCUGCAGCAGCAGAAACAAAGUCUUAUAUGUUUGUUUGUUCAUAAAGACUGAACACGACAUGAGCAAUGAAAACAAAAAAAAAAACUAAAACUAAAAGUCACACACUGCAGCUUUAACGUCUUCCCUACGACUUUGUCACGUUCCGCCAGUCGACAUUUCAGCUUCCAGAUUAUCUUCUGCCGUAAAUCAUCACAGAUUUGAUUUGAUCUUUAUCCUACAGCAUGUAUCUAAACUGCUGUUGUAACUUUAUUUAUUUUUUAUUUCCGCCCUCUUUUUCAUAUAAGCUGUGAAACUGGAAUCUGAUGUCAAAUUGCAGGGAAAACUGGAGGGUUGUUACACUGAAGAGCUGAGCUUCACACACAGCUUCGUUUCAUUGUAACACAAUAUUGUGCCUUUUGGCUCAGCACUCAGUUGAGGCCUAAUCUCUACCAUCAGGACAAUCAUACACACACACACACCUACAGUAUAUUCAUACACACACACACACGUGGACACACGUGGUUUUCACUCAUCUGUGUUGACAGUGUUCGGAGUUCUAUCUUGAUUAAUGUAAAUAUCUUUUUCAGAUAAAAUGUUAAAAAUCUUUGGUGAUGAACUUUUAAAAAGUACAUAUCUAAGGCAGAGUUCACUGAGGAGAGUCUUUAUUGUUGGAUGGCAGUUGGCGAUCCUAUAGAAAGUCUAAUUUAAAUCCAGUGGAUUUGAAACGGUAUUGCAGGAGUAAAGAAAAUAUGAUUCGGAAUUUUUUGAUGGAUGAAAAGUAUUUGAUGUCGACUAUACAAUGAGCCGGGGUGUAUGUUUGUUUUUUUUUUUUAGUGUGGGACAAAUGCUAAUUGCUUGUAUUAAGAACAUAAUUUAUUUCAGAUUGUAGCCUAUCUGUAGCCAUUGUUUUAUUGCUAUGUUUGUUUUUCAUUUUUUUUACAUAAUGCGUUAUUUAUUUUUUCUUACAUUCCUGAUUUGAAAACUAUGAAUUAAGCUGGACUUUGGUUGGAACUAACAAAAACAGUGUUGGGAGCUGAAGCUAAAUUUUGUACUCACUGAAUGAUAUCCAGCACCACAUUCAUUUCAAAGAUUUUCUGUUGUGUUUUUGAUAACAAAGAAUAAAAACAAAAGUUGAUCGUAAUGGUACUAUCAGCUCAACAAAGUGACUUAAAUUCGAAAGUGAAACAUUGGCUUUAACAGUGUAUAAGGUGAAAUGGAAGUCUCUACAUUUGCUCUCAUAAGCACACUCAAAACAGGGCUCAAAGACUGGUUUCUUUUUUUUAGCAUCCCAAAGGGACUGAUUUGAAACUUGAAAAAGUUUUGAUGGCAUAGAAAUUAAAAUCCACUUCUUUAAAUGCCUCAUAAACACAGGGAACAAAGCGAUUGAGAGCUUUGACAAUGUUUGUUCAGGUCUUGUUAUUGUCAUUGAACUGCCCUGCCUUAGCCACUAUGCUUUCUUUGGCUUUUUUUUUUUUAAAUACACGUGUUAAGGCCUUGUUGUACAAAGUUAUGAUGACAAAAGUUGGGGCAUUGCUGUCACAAUAGUCUGGUUUCAUUAUUGUGUAUUCACAUUCUCUCAGUUUGAUGGCUGUGUUUCUGAGCACCAUUUGCAGCUGUCAUGCUGUACCUCAGACACGUUUGAAUUUCUUUUGAGUCGUCGUUUACUCUGCCUGUAAGAAGUGAACACAUGCAGCUGACCUCCUCUGACUGUGAGCACUUCAACGCUGACCUUCAAGAGUGCACUUCUUAGUUUGCCGUGCACUUCUUAUGUUCUCACAGGCCUCAGUGUCAGUCAUGUUUGCUCAGUUUUCAACCUUUUUGCUAUAGUAAGGUUUCUGCAUGUUUUUUGUACUAUUUUGUUUCCUUUUUAUACAAUAAAAAUAAGGAUAAUUUAUAGUUGUCUCGUGUUUUAUGUCAUUUUUUAAAAAUUCAGACAGGAGCUGUGUGAACGAAUAAUUGUCCAACUGUCUUCUUUCUUUAAAAAGGGGAUUAAAUAAGUUAAAUAAAUACUUGAAGACGUCUUUUCACACUAUACAAAGUCAGAACAGUGUAGACUACCAUUAGAGAAGGUAGGGAAAUUCUGCAGGGGCCAAAGUAUCGGGUGGUUUUGAAACCCUUCACAGAUAUUUUAACGUUAAUCUUUUCUUUUUCCAACCACAAACAAAAC